GUUUCAUCUGAUUUCUCAUGAGAGGGUUUAAGAAAAAAAAGGAAAAAAGUGGUUUCAAAGGAAUCCCAUGAUAGGGCAGAAAUGCACAAAUUGUGUACUACCUUCCCUCAUAGACUUAACAUUUUUGGGAAGGACCAACGUGAACUUUUGGUUCUGUUAGCCCACGUUAAUUAACCAUGGCCACGAGGUCCCCAAGAAGAUAACCAAGUCCCGUGAACCAGACUACCUGAGGAGUCGGAAAAGCAGCUUAGGCGUUUACUUAACUGUGCAGCUGCAUUUCCCACUGCACAAUGCAGGAACUGGGCCUUUCCACCGAGGUGUUUUCUGCUUUUGCAAGAGUGGCAGAAAGCAGUCCCUUGGAGCGGCCUGAGGCAUGGGCCGCCGGCCAGAUCGCAGGUCCGAGGGGCGCUGUGUGGCGAGCUGCAAGUCGGGGGUCCCACGCAGGAUCUACGGCAGCUCCGAGGGUUGGAGGGGAUGGAGGAAAAGUGGCUGUGAAAGGCCAGUGCCAGGUUCCCAGGAACUGGCUAUUUCCAUUUAAGGCAGUGACUUUACGGUUGCAGACACCCCUCAGCGCGCUUCUGCAUAGUUUCCUAGGAAGUAAAAACACUCCAGAAACCGAGCACCACUACCCGGGCGCACCGGGAGGAUCGGGCGGCCAAGUGCGCGGUAGACCGCACUGCGCAUGCCCGCGGGAGGGAGGAGGCGGGGCGCGGCGGAGGAAAGGGGCGGGGCGCGCGCGGCUCACAGGGGCCCGGGUGCCAGGAAUCAGGAAAGCAUGGCCACGCUUCGCCGGCUUCGAGAGACGCCACGGCACUUACUGGUUUGCGAGAAAUCCAACUUUGGACACGACAAGUCGCGCCACCGGCAUCUCGUGGAGACGCAUUAUCAUAAUUACAGGGUUUCAUUUCUCAUUCCUGAAUGUGGGAUACUAUCAAAAGAACUGAAAAACCUGGUCAUGGAAAUUGGACCCUAUUACUUUGUGAAGAAUUUACCUCUUCAUGAAUUAAUUUCACAGGAAUUCAUCAACAUCUUUGUAAAGAAAGGUUCUUGCUGUGCACUAACAUACAAUACAAAUAUUGAUGAAGAUAAUACUGUUGCCCUGCUACCAAAUGGGAAAUUAAUUUUAUCACUGGAUAAAGACACUUAUGAAGAAAGUGGACUUCAAGGUCAUCCAUCUAAGUAUUCUGGCAGAAAAAUUAUGAAAUUUAUUGUUUCCAUUGAUUUGAUGGAUUUAUCAUUUAACCUGGAUUCUAAGAAGUAUAAAAGAAUAUCUUGGUCCUUCAAAGAAAAGAAGCCAUUGAAAUUUGAUUUUCUUUUGGCUUGGCAUCAUACAGGUGUAGAAGAAUCAGUGAUGAUGUCAUACUUUUCCAAUUACCACAUUCAAGAGCAUCAGCCAGAAGUAUCACUGAGCACGGUGAGAGAUCUCCAGUGCCCGGUGCUGCAGAGUGGUGAGCUUGGGGGAGCGCCGGAGGUGUCCUGCGGCGCGCUGGAGCUCUUCGACUGGCUCGGUGCCGUCUUCACUAACACCAGCUUAAAUAAUGAGCCUAACAAUUUCAUAUCAACCUAUUGCUGUCCUCAGCCAAGCACAGUGGUGGCCAAAGCUUAUUUGUGCACAGUCACUGGUUUCAUACUUCCGGAGAAGAUACACCUCCUCCUGGAACAGCUCCGUCACUACUUUGAUGAACCGAAGUUAGCCCCAUGGGUUACGUUGUCAGUUCAAGGCUUCGCAGACAGCCCUGUUUCAUGGAGAGAAAAUGAACAUGGUUUUCGAAAAGGAGGGGAACAUUUAUACAACUUUGUGAUUUUUAAUAACCAGGACUAUUGGCUUCAUAUGGCUGUUGGGGCAAAUGAUGACUGUCCACCAUAAAAAAUACAAAAUUUAAAAUCA